GUGCCUGCCUUUGCGUGGCCGAGCCCGGGUUCCCCAGUCUCCCCGCCCGCCAGCGCUGCUGGCCAUGGCCGCCUCCAGCGCGCCGCCCCGCGCACGGGCUCUUCUGCAGCAGUGUGUGGCCUCCCGGCUGCAGGUGAAACCCCCCGAGCCGGGCUCCGAGGCCGAGUGGGUGGAGGCAUUUCAAUGGUAUUACAAGAUGAGGAGAAAGCUAGUCACUCCACAGCAAAAAAUCCAAAGAGGACUGGUUAUCUACAUAUGCUUCUUCAAAGGAGCCAGUGAGGAACUCAUUCCAAAAAUGGUUAAUACACUGUUGAAUGUUAAAUUAAGUGAAACUGAAAGUGGAAAGUAUGUUUCUCUUCUGGAUUUACCAGGCAACUUAUUAAUAAUACCCCAAGCUACGCUGGGUGGUAGACUGAAGGGAAGAAAUAUGCAGUACCAUUCCAACAUUGAAAAAGAAAAAGGGAUGGAGCUUUAUUCCCAUUUUGUAACAUUGUGUGAAAAAGAACUGGCUGCUAAUACGAAAUGUGCUGAAGCAGGUGUUGUUGUUAAGUAUGGAACAUAUGGAAACAGACAGGUGUUAAAACUGGAUACAAAUGGACCUUUCACUCAUAUGAUUGAAUUUUGAAAAAUCAAUUUUAUGUAUAGUAUUCUCCAGCAACUGAAGAAUUUCUCAUUUAUAAGGGACAAUGCGCUUAAAUUGAUUGGAAUGUGAAGAAACAGACAUGUUAUUUCAAUAAAGUUACACAAGAGUUGUCCAGCCCAUGAAAUACAUUGAUUAUUAAAAAUGAGUCUGACAUU